AAAGUUAAGGUGGGCCUCCAGCAAGAUUUUGUCCCGUGACAAAAAGGAAUGUCUUGGGGACUUUUUUUCUGCUUUGGAGGCCCAGGCUCAAGGCAAAUUACAAUGGGAAAUCAAUCAGAAGGAAAGAAAUUUGCACAGAGUUAAGGUGCCAGGUCCUGGGAGAGGAGACCAGCUCUACCUGAAGUCUGCAUCCUGUGCUGACAAACUCGGGGUUUGUUUUAAAGAAAGAAGGGACUAGAUAAUUUUUUGUGUCUUUUUUUUUGUUUGUCUGCUUUGUUUUUUUUUUAAAGGGAAGGGGGCACAGCCAGCACAGGUAGAAAGAGGAAGUGGUAAUGCCCCAAACAGGCCAUUAGAGAGAGGAAGAUUAUGGAGGUGUUCGGUAUUUUUAAUUUUUUUAAAGCUCUUAAAUGACUUCUUCAAAACCAAACAGCUGCAGCAGAGGAAUAAUCUAGAUUGCUUAAGGGGGCUUUGGCUGCGCUUUAGCAUGAAGUUACUCCAUUACUGAUCAAGCAAAGAGGGGGCCAUUAUGUGCCCAUUUAGCAUCCUUCCCCGCUUCCUUUUGGCUGGGCAUAAAACUAUGCUCACCAAUCCCACCUAAAACAGGAGGUGAGAAGCCCAGCCUGUGGUGCAAACAGGGCCUGUACCUGCCCUCCUGUUCUGCCCUGGAGAGGCAAGAGGACUCUUGGAAGCCAAGAAAGGUUGGAGAAGUCUUUCUGGCUGGGGGCGACCAUCGCAAACAGUCCAGGCACUUGGUUGGCGCGAAGGCUCCGAGGGGGAGGAGGUGACUCGAGGUCCAGGAUGGGCUUGCUGAAGGGCCUUCUCCGAGCCAGGAAGCUGCUGCUCAUCAUCUUGGUGCCGCUCCUGCUGCUGCCUCUGCCGGUGCUCCAUCCCAGCAGCGAGGCUGCGUGUGCUUAUGUGUUGAUCGUGACUGCUGUGUACUGGGUGUCUGAGGCGGUGCCUCUUGGAGCUGCAGCCCUGGUGCCUGCCUUCCUCUACCCGUUCUUCGGAGUCCUCCGAUCCAACGAGGUGGCGGCUGAAUACUUCAAGAACACCACGAUGCUGCUGGUGGGCGUCAUCUGCGUGGCGGCAGCUGUGGAAAAGUGGAACCUGCACAAGCGCAUUGCUCUGCGCAUGGUCCUGAUGGCCGGAGCCAAGCCAGGCAUGCUGCUGCUCUGCUUCAUGUGCUGCACCACGAUGCUGUCCAUGUGGCUCUCCAACACGUCCACCACCGCCAUGGUCAUGCCCAUCGUGGAGGCCGUGCUGCAGGAGCUGGUCAGUGCAGAGGAGGAGCAGCUCGUGGCCGGCAACGCCAGCGCCGAAGAGGCCGAGCUCAUCAGUCUCAAGGCGAACAACAGCCAACCCUCUCUGGAACUCAUCUUUGUGAAUGAAGACACGUCGAAUGCAGACUUCAGUUCUCUGAUGAUGAACAAGAACCUAAAUGGUGUGCCCACCGUCACCAGCCCCGUCAAAACGGCAAACCACCAGGACCAGAAGCGGCACCCGCCCCAGGAAAAGCCACCAGUACCGACCCCCCACCCCAGGAACCAGGAACUCAAAAAGAAAUACAAGUCCCAGCACGACCAAAUGAUCUGCAAGUGCCUCUCCCUGAGCAUCUCCUACGCUGCCACCAUCGGGGGCCUGACCACCAUCAUCGGCACCUCCACCAGCCUCAUCUUCCUGGAACACUUCAACAACCAGUAUCCAGGUGCAGACGUGGUCAACUUUGGCACCUGGUUCCUCUUCAGCUUCCCCAUCUCCCUCAUCAUGCUGGUGGUCAGCUGGUUCUGGAUGCACUGGCUGUUCCUGGGCUGCAAUUUUAAAGAGACCUGCUCUCUAAGCAAGAAGAAGAAGACCAAAAGGGAAGAGUUAUCAGAGAAGCGGAUCCAACAGGAAUAUGAAAAGCUGGGAGCCGUUAGUUACCCUGAAAUGGUGACUGGAUUUUUCUUCAUCCUGAUGACAGUGCUGUGGUUUACUCGGGAGCCUGGCUUUGUCCCCGGCUGGGACUCCUUCUUUGAAAAGAAGGGCUAUUGCACCGACGCUACAGUCUCCAUCUUCCUUGGCUUCCUCCUCUUUCUGAUUCCAGCAAAGAAGCCUUGUUUCAGGAAAAAGAAUGAUGGGGAGGACCAGGAGCCCUCCCCGGGGAUGGAGCCCAUCAUCACAUGGAAGGACUUCCAGAAGACCAUGCCUUGGGAGAUUGUCAUCCUGGUGGGAGGAGGCUAUGCUCUGGCUUCUGGCAGCAAGACCUCUGGUCUCUCCACAUGGAUUGGGUACCAGAUGUUGUCUCUGAGCAGCCUCCCACCGUGGGCCGUCACCCUGCUGGCAUGCAUCCUGGUGUCCAUCGUCACAGAGUUUGUGAGCAAUCCAGCCACCAUCACCAUCUUCCUGCCCAUCCUGUGCAGCUUGUCGGAGACGCUGCACAUCAAUCCACUCUACACCCUGAUCCCUGUCACCAUGUGCAUCUCCUUUGCAGUGAUGUUGCCUGUGGGCAACCCCCCCAACGCCAUCGUCUUCAGCUAUGGGCACUGCCAGAUUAAAGAUAUGGUGAAAGCUGGCCUGGGGAUCAAUGUCAUUGGCCUGGUGAUCGUGAUGGUGGCCAUCAAUACAUGGGGGAUUAACCUCUUCCACCUGGACACUUAUCCCGCCUGGGCUAAGGUCGGGAACGUCACUGAUCAGGCCUAACAUGUGGGCAAACAGCCCAACCAGAGGAGCUGCCAGCGCCUGGCAGAAUCUGAUCAACAGGCCAAGAAAACCACCAGGAGCACACAACCUCCACCAGAAGGUUCCUCCGUCCACCGCCUCGAGUGGAGCGCAGGGAGUCUCCCACGAGAGCACAGGCUCGGGUGCUGGUGUCUCCUGCUCCGCCCUCCCUCCUCAGCACCUUGGCUCGUGGAGACGUAAAGCCUUCCCCUCCUUCCCCAUAUAUCGUCUCUCCAAUCAGCUCUUCUGAAAACAGGACGAGACAAAAGUCUGUCUUGGUUGCCCUCAGAGGCUGAGCCUCAACGACUGAAGAGUCUCACUGGGUUUGAUGUUAUUCUUAAUUUUGUAAUCCCCUUUAGGAGUCAAAGGAGAAAUCCAUCCUGCCUUCACCCAGAGAGCAAAACGAGUGACGUCUCCUCUUUGGGAGAAAGUCUCACCCAGCACUUGAGCCUAACAUCAGCUGCUUUCUCCUAAGGGUUUCUGUCCUGAGUUCUCUCCACACAAAGGCAGUUCUUUCGAAGGCCUCUCUGUGGCUAUCAGUACUCUUAUCAUUACUUCAAGUCCCUUCUAAGCAUCUUUCUUCAAUAGCUUCUCUAUGCCUUGCACCAAAUUCCUGUAAAGAAAUAGUGUUUUCCUUCAGAAGAGAGGCUGGCCGUUCUGAGUGUGAAAGGAAAAGGAAGUAGAGAAAGAAGACACAUCGUGAUGAGUAUCUCCCUUCACUCAUCACUAAGCAUCAGUGCCACCUCACUGGUUAAGAGGGAGAAAAAAACCCUCCAUACCUGUCUUGGUAAGGAGGCCAGAACUGUGACUAAGACCACAGCACUAUUAGUGAUAUCUGACAGGCCUUCUUCUGGAGGUAAUGAAUACUUCCACUCUGAGAAGACAAGUACAGAAAGGUCCAAACACAUCAGUGACUUUCUACAAGUCAUUGAGCCCUUGAGGGGAGGGGAGAUGUCUUCUAUCUCGUAAAGUCCUGGCAACUUAGGCAAUAGAAUAAUCUGUACCUGCUCAAUAAACAUUUCUCUUGAGAAAAAUCA